ACCAUCACCUUGCAACGCGUUUUCUGCGCAGCGUCGCGUCUCCCGUGGACCUCACCUCGACGACAUCUUUGAUUGACCGAUGCAGCCGCCAGGCAACCCCGAGGUCCGGCGCACGACAUAACGUUCCGCCCAAAGCAUCGGGCACAAAGCGUUGGAGAAAGACAUGCGGCCCGUCUCCGUCGCCUGACCCAAGCGCGAAGUCGACUUGCCCGCUUUUAGCCAUGGCCGCCGACAAUGGCUCCGACGACGACGAGCUGUUCGUUGCGAACGCUGAGCCCCCUCCCUUCACCUUUCAGUCCGAUCUGAGCGACGAUGACGCGCCGGACCCCCUGGCUCUCGACGAAAUCGCCAGCGCCUCUCUUGCGGCUCUGAACGGGAUCUUGGGGCCGGCACCGAAAGCAGUUAAACAAGAGGAGGAACAGCCCUUCCAAGAUUUGCACGACGACGGGACGGCCAAUGGUGUCGUUGCAGCUCCGCCCGAUCAGCCGAGGAGAGACGCCACAUCAGUCAUCGAGGUUUGCUUGCCCUGGCUGUCACCGGCGCAACGCGCCGAAUACCUCAAGGUUGAGGUGGACGACGACUGGCCUGUGGAGGACGAGUACCUCGGGCAACGGAGAAAACGGAAAGGGGACGACGAUUACGACGAUUUUGCGGAGCAAUACGGUGCAAGAAAGAGGAAGAGGCAUGACGAUGACUACGUCAACUACGACGAUUUCAACGACGACUCCGAAGACGACGAGGACGUGCCCAGACCACGCGGUGCCCCUCCGAAGUUAGGGCGCAUUGACGACUACUUGGAAAUUGCCAAUGGCCGUCGGAGCACACGGGCCAGCACACGUGCGAGUUCCCUUCUUGUCUCCAGUGAUGGCGAGCAUGGCGCAGAGAAGACAGGGCGCGGGCGGCGCCUGCGGCCCCGAGCCAGUGCCGCUGCCCGCCAGAGCGCCCAUUAUGAUGACCGCGACGAGCUCCAAGAUUCGGAUGCCGACCCUGAUGAUCCGACGUUUGCCUUUGUCCAGUCUGAUAUCGUCCAGACCAAGAAACAGCGGAGGCGGCUUAGGAAGCUGUCCACAAGAGCACCGCCGUCUGGCCGCGGUUUGUCACUGGGUGGCGACUCGGAUAUCGAGUUCGAGUCGCGUCGCCGCUCAUCUCGAGUGACCAAUACCAGAAGAGUGAUGACCGACAGUUAUGUGGACGACGACGACAUUUACUACGAGGGCGAAGACAGGACCCCGGCCACGCCAAAGGUCGUCAGCAUGCGGGAAAUCUUUCAGCCGCCGAAGUCGUAUGACUUUAAGCAAGCCCAUCGACUCGUCUGCGGUUCCUGCGGCUACGCAGACGACCGCAACAAGGGCGCCCUCAUCCCCUGCCAGGGUUGCUCGAAUUCCUACCACAAAGCUUGCAUCGGCGUCAGGAGCACGCGAGACCACAGGGUUACCAAGGUGGCCGCCGAGUCUUUCGUGCUGCAAUGCCGCUUCUGCAUUUGCAUAUACAAGAAAAAAGACAUCCGUGCUCCCGCCCACGAUGUAUGCCAGGGUUGCCACGCGAAGAAUCCGUCUUGCGUCCCGUUCUCGGAGAGGAAGACGCCCAAGCAGGAGGAGGCGCUGCGUAACGCCAAUGACGGCGUGGAUCCCAUCACGCCCGUCGAGCCGAAGCUCCUCGAGAACCCGGACAACGUUCUUUUUCGCUGCAGCCGCUGCCACCGCGCAUGGCACUACGAGCACCUCCCGCACCCGCACCGUUCCCGGGAUCCUGCCAUCGACGACCCUCUCAACUUGCGCAAACACCGUCGAGAGGAAUAUCAGAUUACCUGGCUGUGCAAGGAAUGCCAGGACACCGAGGAGGACAAGGUGGACAAGAUAGUCGCCUGGCGGCCGCUGAAUCGCGCGGCUUACAGAGAAGGCCAAUGGAUCACCGACUUUGAUGAAGACGGCAUCGAGUACCUCCUCAAGUGGGAGAACAAAUCGUACAAUCACUGCCUGUGGAUGCCCGGCGCUUGGGUCUACGGCGUCGUCAAGCCGAUGAUGCGUCAGGCCUUCAUCAAGCGGACCUUUGGAGAGGGCUCCGACGAGGCGGUCGACGGCGAGAGGCACGUCGAUUCGCUGCUGAGGUGGUCCGAGAAAGAGGCCAUCCACGACGCUUGGAUAACGCCGGAUAUCAUCCUCGACGUGCACAUCGCCCCGAGGUCCCGCGAGGCCCAGAAGAAGUACAAUGCUAUGUCUACCAGGGAGAAGUUCGACGAUGACCUAAACAGGAUCUUCCACGUAACAAAGAUCUACGUGAAGUUCGAGGGUCUGGGCUACGACGAUGCCGUCUGGGACACCCCGCCGCCGCCGGACGCCGGGCCAAUCUAUGACGCUUUCUGCGAGGCUUAUCACGAGUAUCUAAACGGCAAGCACUUCCAAACAGAGCCGUUCCGCGUCAUGAAGGAGCGGAUCGAACGGUUCCGCCAGCUCGAGUUUACUAGCGGCAUCGAAGUCCUUCAGCAGCCGAAGGGGCUCCGGCGCGGCAAGCUGAUGGAAUAUCAGCUCGAAGGGCUGAACUGGAUUCUCUGCAACUUCCGCGACGGCCGGAGCGUCGUGCUGGCUGACGAGAUGGGCCUCGGCAAGACGGUCCAGGUUGUCGCCUUCCUGUCCAGCUUCAUCCAGGACAACCCGAGGGUCUGGCCCUUCCUGAUUGUCGUCCCCAACGCGACGUGCGCCAACUGGCGCCGCGAGAUCAAGAAGUGGGCGCCCGAUCUCCGCGUUGUGGCCUACUACGGCGGACGAGUUUCGCAGGCGCUGGCUCUGCAGUACGAGCUCUUUCCGAACAACAGCAAGGAGCUGAAGGCCCACGUGGUCAUCAUGUCUUACGACUCGGCGAAGGACGGCGAGACACGCAACAAGUUCGGCAGCACCAAGUGGGCGGGCUUGGUCGUCGACGAAGCACAGGCCCUGAAGAACGACGAAAACGCCCUCUACAGGGCGCUCAACGCGAUGCGGAUCCCCUUCAAGCUGCUGCUGACGGGGACGCCGCUGCAGAACAACAAGCGGGAACUGUUCAACCUGCUGCAGUUCAUCGACCCGGCCAUGAAGGCCGAGGAUCUCGACCGGGAGUUCGAGCAGGUCACUUCGGAGAACCUACCCGAACUGCACAACUUGAUCCGGCCGUACUUCCUCCGCAGGACGAAGGCCGAGGUGCUCACUUUCCUACCGCCCAUGUCGCAGGUCAUCGUGCCCGUGAGCAUGACCGUCCUGCAAGAGCGGCUCUGCAAAUCGAUAAUGGAGCGGAACCCCGAGCUGAUCCGGUCUGUCUUCGUGCAGGACAAGAUGAAGGCCAAGGAGAGGGGCUCGCUGAGCAACAUUCUGAUGCAAUUGCGAAAGUGCUUGUGCCACCCCUUUAUCUACAGCCAAGCCAUCGAAGACCGGACCUUGUCGCCGGAAGUCACGCGCCGCAACUUGAUCGAGGCUUCCUCUAAGCUCAUGCUCCUCGAGAUCAUGCUCCCCAAGCUCAAAGAGCGCGGUCACCGGGUGCUGCUGUUCAGCCAGUUCUUGGACCAACUCACCAUCCUGGAGGACUUCCUGGCCGGCAUGGGCCUCAAGCACGAGCGGCUGGAUGGAAGCGCCUCAAGCAUGGAGAAGCAAAAGAAGAUCGACGCGUUCAACGCUCCGGGCUCGGACAUCUUCGCCAUGCUGCUGUCCACCCGGGCCGGCGGCGUGGGCAUCAACCUGGCGACGGCCGACACCGUGAUCAUUCUCGAUCCCGACUGGAACCCGCACCAGGACAUCCAGGCCCUGUCCCGUGCCCACCGCAUCGGCCAGCGCAAGAAGGUGCUGUGCUUCCAGCUGAUGACGGUGGAUUCGGCCGAGGAGAAGAUCCUCCAGAUCGGCCGCAAAAAGCUGGCGCUGGACCACUUAUUGAUCGAGACGAUGGACGACCAGGAGGACGCGCCGAACGACGUCGAAUCCGUCCUCAAGCACGGCGCGGCAGCGCUGUUCGGCGAAGGCAAAAGGAAGGAUGCCAUCGUCUACGACUCGGCGGCCGUGGACAAGCUCCUGGAUCGGUCGACGGUGGAGGAGACGAGAACCAACGAGGGCAAGACGGCCGAGUCGGCCUUUGCAUUCGCGCGCGUGUGGGCGAACGACGAAGGCGAGCUGGCCGACGAUCUGCAGGAGGCCGAGCAGACCAUCAACAUGAGCGUCUGGGAUCAGAUCCUGCAGCAGCGCGCGGAGCAGGCUCGACGGGAGGCGGAGCGGACCAUGGAGACGCUCGGCCGUGGCGGCCGCCGUCGUGGGGCGGCCAACUACGCGGGUCCCCGCUUCGAGUUUGACGAAACGCAGGAGGGCCCCAAGGUGGAUAGCGAUCAGGGCGACGGCGACGGCGACUUCGUCGGCAGCGAUAAGAGCGGGGGCGAGUCGUCUGAGGAUGAGGAGACCAUAGGCACGGGUGAGUCCACGCCGGCCGGGUCUAACGCGCGGAAACAGGGCAGAGCCAGUCAAGCAGGCACCGGACCAGACGCCCAAGACGCCGCGGUCAAGAAAGGCCGUAGCGACGCCCGCCACGCCAAGACAGCCACCACCACCACCGCCGCCGUCCUCCGGCCGCCAGCGGCCCAAUCCGACUCGGAAGACACCGCCCAAAACUCCAGCAAAAAGGCCCGCGGCCGGCCACGCAAAGACAACCCAUCGGGCAAGAACCACGCUGCCGCUGCGGCCGCUCGAGUUGGAGGAGGAGGACAUGUCAGCGGGAGCAGUGCUUCCCCCCAGCCAUCACAACCCGCCAGCAGCCACCAUCACCACCGCCAUGGCGCAAACCCCGCCCAAGCCGCCUUCCCCGGAGGAGGACGGGGAGGCUUCAUGGCCCUCCGCCCCAGCAGCGGCACAGUAACGGCCCCCAUCACCAAACCGGUCUCGACGACGCCGAUCCCCCUCCCUGUCGUCCCCGUCGUCCCCUCUAACCAUCCUCUCCCCCCUGCCUCUGCCGCCGCCCCGGCGCCUACCUACCACAUCUCCGGCACCGGCGAAUCAAUACCACUGCUCCGGCCGCCGCCACCAGCACCACCCGGAGCAGCACGCAGCACCUACACCAACACCCAUUCCCCUAUCACCACCCAAGUCCAGGAGCGCCUGCGCAGCGAGAACUGCGUCGUCUGCCUCUACAGCCACCCGCCGAGCUGGGAGUGCCCGGAGAUGCGGUCCGAGGUGCAGCUGCGGCUGGCGAUGGACCGGCUGCGCAAGCGCGCCGCGGAGGCCGCGGGCGAGGGCGUCGACGCGCGCGUGCUGGAGGCGCGCAUCGCGUUCUUGUGGGAGAAGUUGAAGAGGGUGCAGAGGAAGGUGGUUUGAUUUUUUUUUGGUGGGGGGGGGGGGGGUGGUUGGUUUCCUUCUUCGGUUUUCUUUGCGUUCUGCGCUUGCGAAGUU